CUAUUUUCUUUUCCUCUAUAAAAGAACAGUAGAGUCCAUCAUCUAUAGUGCAUAAAUCAUAGCAAUGGCAAACAUUAAAGAAAAGAGUGGAGAAUAUGGAACCAAGCUCCACGUAGCAAUGUUUCCAUGGUUAGCCUUUGGCCAUUUGGUUCCACACUUGCAGCUCUCUAUGCUCAUGGUUCAAAAAGGUCACACCGUGUCUUUCAUCUCCACUCCUCGUAACAUCGACCGCCUCCUCCCACGGUUACCAGAGAACCUCUCCUCCGCCCUUAAUUUCGUCAAGCUCCCAUUUGCCGGCCACAACAAACUCCCGGAGGACGCCGAAUCCACUACAGACGUACCAUUGGAUCUCGUUCCUUAUUUGAAAAUCGCGUUCGACGGAUUACAAGUUCCGUUGACGGAGUUUCUUGAAUCUUCAAAACCUGAUUGGCUUCUCCAAGAUUUCGCGCCUUAUUGGCUUCCUCCAAUAGCUAGCCGCCUUGGAAUCAAAAACGGAUAUUUCAGUGCUUUAAACUGCUCGUUUCUCGGAAUUCUCAAACCUCCAGGGUUCGAGGAGUACCGUACAUCGCCGGAGGCUUUUCUAACGCAGCCUAAAUGGGUUCCAUUCCAAACUCCGGUACCUUUCCGGUUAUACGAAAUCCAGCCCAUGUUCGAAGAUAUAAUGCUGGAACACACCGAAGAGAAUAUCCCCGACAUGGACCGUCUCGCCGGCGUAAUCGACGGUUGUGACAUCAUCGUCGUACGGAGCUGUACCGAGUACGAAGCAGAGUGGUUUAGACUUAUUAAGGACCUUCAUCGGAAACCGGUUAUACCGGUGGGAGUUUUACCUCCGAAACCGGAAGAGAAGUUUAAAGAUACCGACGCAUGGUUGUCUACUAAAAAAUGGUUAGACUCACGGAAAACUAACUCCGUGGUUUACAUAAGUUUCGGUUCAGAAGUGAAACCGAGUCAAACCGAGUUAAAUGCGAUCGCUCUUGGUUUAGAGCUUUCCCGUUUACCUUUUUUUUGGGUGUUAAGGACUCGCCGCGGUCCCUGGGAUACCGAACCGCUUGAGCUUCCUGAAGGAUUCGAAGAGCGUACGGCUGAGAGAGGGAUAGUGUGGAGAGGUUGGGUGGAACAACUGAGAACGUUGAACCACGAUUCGAUCGGUUUGGUACUAACUCAUUGCGGUUGGAGUACAAUGAUCGAAGCUGUAAGGUUUGCUAAACCGAUGGUGAUGCUGGGUUUUGUGCUCGACCAAGGAUUUAAUGCUAGAGUAGCCGAGGAAAAGAAAGUUGGACAUAUGAUCCCUCGGGAUGAAACAACAGGUUUCUUUACUAAAGAAGAUGUUUCGAAAUCGCUGAGGUUGGUAAUGGAGGGAGAAGAAGGAAAGGUUUAUAGAGAGAAUGUGAAGGACAUGAAGGGAGUGUUUGGAGAUAUGGAUACACAAGAUCGUUAUGUCGAUUCUUUCUUGGAUUAUCUUUUUGCUCAUCGUUAACUCCGAUCAUUGUUUUUGAUCCAAUGACGGAUCGACUGAAUGAACGUAUGAUAAUUAAAUUUGAUCAAGUGUUGUAAGAUGAUCAAUGAGUAUAUGAUGUUUUGAAAUGGUCAAGGUUUACGAACAAAAAAAAGUUAUAAGUGUUGGAUGUACUAUAGUCCAUGUGUUGAAUUUAAUAUGAAUGUCUUCCAUUCUUUUAUAACUA